AUGAAGUUGGCUCAGUUUGAGUUGAUUACUUUUUUAAUAAUUGCGAUAAUAGCUUAUUUUGGAAGCGCCAAUGAAGAAGACGAAAAACUUGAUAAUUAUUAUAAUAAUUUAUUUUUGGGAUUCGAUAUUAUCGACAUUUUAGAGAAUCGCCGUAUAGUGGAAAGAUACUCUAGUUGUUUAUUGGGAAAUAUAAGAUGUCCUGGACCUGCAAAAGUAUUUAAAGAACUUUUUCCACACAUGCUUAAAACUCACUGCGGAAGAUGUACUAUGGAUCAAAAAAAAGCAUUUGACACCACUGUUGAAUUUUUAAAGUAA